AUGUUGCAGAGGAAAGCGAAACCGUGUUGGGUUUUCCCUCCAAGUGUCGCCGUUAAUGCCCUUGCAGAGAACCCAUUUUCAGUUUCCCUCUCUGUGACAUUUCUUUAUGCACUUUCUUGUUUCUUUCUCUCGUUUUUGCGACUUAGUGGACUAGGAAGCAAAAAGUUGGUACCGGUGCUAGCCCCUCCUUCCCCCAAGACCGCCACAGCCCCCAAAAACAGCGACCUUGAGCUAAAUUCCGAAAUUGUUAACAUUCAAGGGGCCAAUCUUAAAACCGAGACACUUCGGCAUCAAGAAAGGAUAGACCUAAAAUUGAGCCGCAAUCAUGACCCUUCUGUUGCCACGUGUCAAAACUCCCAGUUUCCGGCAAGCCACGGAUCCAUCAAAUCAUGGAACACAGUGAAGCGAAGUGAGGUUGCUUUUAAUUUGCUGUGUAUUUUCAUCUACAGAAACACACAAAUGGUUUAUUCUACUCAAAUUCUAUCAAUGGAGUCCUCCCGAAAGAGAAAAUCCCGAAGUAGACGCGAAGGCCCAAAAGGGGUAGCAGAAACUCUUGCGAAAUGGAAGGAAUACAACAAGAAGAUCGAUAAAUUAGAUGAAAAAGCUAAACCAACACGUAAAGUCCCUGCAAAAGGGUCAAAAAAAGGUUGCAUGAAAGGUAAAGGAGGACCCGAGAACUCAAGGUGUAAUUUCAGAGGUGUAAGACAACGAACAUGGGGUAAAUGGGUAGCUGAGAUUCGAGAACCCAAUAGAGGUAGUCGAUUAUGGCUUGGAACUUUCGGGUCAGCAGUUGAAGCUGCCCUAGCUUAUGAUGAAGCUGCCCGAGUCAUGUAUGGUCCUUGUGCUCGUCUCAAUCUCCCAAACUGUCGAACCAUGAGUGAGUAUUAUUCUGAAUCAAUGGUGGUUCCUAAUGGUGCUUCAAGUUGCGACUCCACUACAACGUGUAGCCAUUCUGAAGACUCAAAAAACGGGUCGGGUAGUCAAAUGGUUAAAGAUGAUUGUGAAUCGAAUAGCAACGAAUCUGGUAAUCCGCCAUUGAUGACGAAUGUUAAACAAGAAGUUGAAGAUCAGGAAGAUGGGAAAGAUGUUAAAGUUAAGGAAGAACCUGAUGAGAUUGAUUUUCAAAACGUUCAUGUUGAUCAUGAGUUGUUUGAUAUGGAAGAGCUUCUUGAAUUGAUGGAUCAAAAAAGCCCGGGUUUGAAACCCGACCCAGGAAACCAAGUGCAUGAUCAAGGUGGUGAAGUUGAUCGGCGGAGUUUACCAGACUGGCGGCAGCAAGAGUUGCCGGAGGUUGGCAACCGGAGCAAGGAUGAAGACGGUGGUGGUGAUUAUGGGUUUGAUUUUUUGAUGCCCGGAAGACCCGAAGAUUAUAAUUUUACAUUAGAUGAUCUAGGGUUUGAUUUAGGAGGUGAUUUGGGUUUAUCAGCGCUGUGAAAUUAAUUGUUAGAUCGGUAAGUAGUAUUUAUCAGGGAAAACAUGUUCGUUCUGCUGACGUCAUUUGGAAUUUUAGGGUAGUUGUAAGUUAAAGAUUUGUAGAUAACCCC